CCCCCAUACUUUUCUCGCUCAAUCCCAUUACAUUCAUAUCAGCAAGAAAAUGCCCAAUAAACUCCAAAAGUAUCUCCAAGACUACCUCUCCAAGAUAAAAAAGCCACCCCCACAGAUCCCACUCCCCUCCAGAAAAUGGAUCCGAUCAGGCUGUAAGCACCCGAAAACCCUUUCUUUCGCCGUCAAUCGGGACCAGAAGGAAGCAAAUAACAACGACGAUGCAGCCUCCCUCUCCGAUAUUGAUCAGUUUUUGUUUGAGAAUUUCAGAUCACUCUACUUGAGAGACGACGGCAAUGACAACGAUGAAAGAAGGGUUAAAGAAGAUCGUCAUGCUGAGGCUUUUUGGGAUAAAACCUUACACCUGAAGGAACGUCGGCCGGACAAUGAAACUGAUCAAAACUCAGGAGGGGUUUUGUUCGAAUCGCCUAGAUUCAAUAUUGAUCCGCCUGCCGUGGAUCUUUGUGGCUCCCACAGGUUCUUUGUGUCCCCCGGCCGAGCAUCAAGCUCGGUCAUGGAGGAAGCUCGGACAAGUACUACCACUACAUUCGAGGACUUGGGCUCAAGCUCCAUCUCAACUCCAACCCUAAACGAUUCGGCCACUACGUCGAACUCUAAUAACAAUGAUGACGCGAAAGACGUCACGCUUCCCAACGACUGUAUCGCGGUCUUGACCUACUCUCCGAGCCCAUACGACGAUUUCCAGCGAUCCAUGCAUGAGGUGGUUGAAGCCCGCCUUCGACAUCAUGCAAAGGUGGAUUGGAAUUUCAUGGAAGAGCUUCUGUUUUGUUAUCUCAACCUCAACGAGAAGAAGUCUUACAGGUUCAUAUUAAGCGCCUUCGCUGAUUUGGUCGUGGAUUUGCGUCAGAAUUCAGACAGAGUUUCGGAGACAUCGUCGUCGUCUUCAAAAUUUUGAAACUCAAGGAAAAGGGAUCGUACGUGGAUUUCAGCAAAGAAUUGGACAUGAAGAUUAUUGGUGCUACAGAAAAUUAAUAAUGCAAUUUAAGAUUGUUAAUUUUGUGGAUUUAUUCUCGGUAGUCUUAAUCACAUGCAAUAUGCUUUGCUUGUAAUAUAAACAAGAUGUAGCUUUCAAGAAAAUAAGACUCUUUGUUAAUCGUUUAA